AUGCACAGCUUCCUUGGAGUGGCUGUAGUUUCGGCAUUACUGCAGAUACUGGUCUCGUAUACAGCGGUGAGUGGCGUCAGCUGGGAGGAAUGGUGGACCUACGACGGCAUUUCAGGUCCAGCGUUCUGGGGCCUGAUCAAUCCAGAAUGGUCACUUUGCAACAAAGGUCGACGGCAGUCUCCCGUCAACCUGGAACCAGAUCAGCUCCUUUUCGAUCCCAACCUUCGGUUUUUACACAUAGAUAAGCAUAGGAUAAAUGGCUUAAUAAGUAAUACAGGCCAUUCAGUCAUCUUCACUGUAGAGAACGAGACCCGACACCACAUCAACAUCACCGGGGGUCCAUUGUCCUAUAAGUAUCAGUUCCAUGAAAUACACAUACAUUACGGCCUCCAUGACCAGUUCGGAUCAGAACAUGCCAUCAAUGGCUAUACUUUCCCUGCAGAGAUUCAAAUAUUUGGUUUCAAUUCGCAACUGUAUUCAAACUUUUCGGAAGCGCUACAUAAGGCUCAAGGGAUUGUUUCAAUAUCGCUGUUGUUACAGCUCGGAGAUUUAUCAAAUCCAGAGCUGAGAGUACUGACAGAAGAAUUAGAAAAUAUUAAAUACGGAGGUGCCGAGAUGCUCGUAAACAAAUUGUCAGUCCGCGGUCUGCUGCCUGAUACAGACUAUUAUAUGACAUACGACGGCUCUACCACCGCACCUGCUUGCUAUGAGACUGUCACCUGGAUCAUUGUCAACAAGCCUAUAUACAUCACAAAACAACAGCUGCACGGCCUGAGGCGACUGAUGCAAGGUGACGCGAGGCACCCUAAAGCUCCCCUCGGCAACAACUUUAGACCACCUCAGCCACUCUACCAUCGAGCCGUGAGGACCAACAUUGACUUCGAUUUGAGCAAGUAUCCCGGCAAGACUUGCCCCAGUAUGCACCGAGACAUGCAUUACAAAGCCAAAAGUUGGACACAGUAUUGA